UGUUUGUCUCACCCCUAAGAAACCAAUGGAUUUUAAGUCGCCUUUUGCGCCACAUGAAACCAAAAACCACUACCCGGUAUUUCAUUAUUCAAGUGAAGAAACAUGAAACAUUCCUUGUACUACUGCUCUCUAUCUCUGUCAAGAAGAAGAAAAAGAAGUCUUGUGGUAAAGGGUUUGUGCACAUAUUAAACGCAAUGCACAGUGUAAGGUUCAUGUCAUCACCCAUUGGUGUCACAGUUACUGUGCCUAAUAAUGCAAGGCCAUGCAAUAGGAUUUCUUGCAUCCGGGUCAAGGCUUCUAUGGUGGACUCUUCCUCUGAUUUUGUUAAGCGCAUGGAACUGGCCUGGUCAAUCUCUCAGCGAUCAUAUCAUAGUGAUGUCCUUGGUUGUUUUAUUUUCUACCAAGAACAUGUCUGUACUCUAUAGGUUGCAUCAGCAACCAAUGCCAAUUGCGUGUACAUCUUGCAACUCUAAAGGGCAUACUGAAUGUAAAUGGUGUGGAGGCACUGGUUUCUUCAUUAUUGGUGACAAUGUGCUUUGUGAAGUUCCAUCCAGAAACACUAGCUGUGUUGUUUGCAGAGGAAAGGGAUCAAGGUGCUGUUCUGAUUGUCAAGGAACAGGCUUUCGUGCAAAGUGGUUAAAAGAACCUCCCACUUCAAAGUAGCAAGCACACAAAGCUUUUGAGUUGAGACACUAAAGUAGUACCUCGUAUACCUUUACCACGAUAAUGACCAAUUGAAGUGAAGACAUAUGCAGCAGCAUCUAUAACAACAAAUUACUUAAUACAGUUCAGUUGGUUGUGUUAAAACAACAACGACAUUAAGUUUACAUGUAAUUGUGUCUUUACUUAAAAAAUGCGCCAUGAAGCAGUGUUGAAACUUUUAAUACCGUAUACUUCCUUUCAAAAUGUAAAUGUGUAGAAGGCAAAUACUAAAGCUAUGUUUGGUUUUCAGUAA